AUGGAGAGGGUCCAGGAGGAGGAGGAGAGCUGUGGAGAGGGUCCAGGAGGAGGAGGAGGAGAGCUGUGGAGAGGGUCCAGGAGGAGGAGGAGGAGGAGAGCUGUGGAGAGGGUCCAGGAGGAGGAGGAGGAGGAGAGCUGUGGAGAGGGUCCAGGAGGAGGAGAGCUGUGGAGAGGGUCCAGGAGGAGGAGGAGGAGAGCUGUGGAGAGGGUCCAGGAGGAGGAGGAGGAGAGCUGUGGAGAGGGUCCAGGAGGAGGAGGAGGAGAGCUGUGGAGAGGGUCCAGGAGGAGGAGGAGGAGAGCUGUGGAGAGGGUCCAGGAGGAGGAGGAGGAGGAGAGCUGUGGAGAGGGUCCAGGAGGAGGAGGAGGAGAGCUGUGGAGAGGGUCCAGGAGGAGGAGGAGGAGGAGAGCUGUGGAGAGGGUCCAGGAGGAGGAGGAGGAGAGCUGUGGAGAGGGUCCAGGAGGAGGAGGAGGAGAGCUGUGGAGAGGGUCCAGGAGGAGGAGGAGGAGAGCUGUGGAGAGGGUCCAGGAGGAAGAGAAGGAGGAGGAGGAGGGGGCGCUCUGA